AUGAAGAUGAAUACAUUAUCACAAAGAUUUUCUCGAUUUCGAUCAGAUGUGAUGCAAGAUUUGAAGACCAAGCACAUUGAGAUGGCACCCCCGUCACCUCCAUACAUCGACGAGUUCGAGUAUCAAGUCGAAAGUUUUGGUACCGUGCCACAGGCGCCGCCAUCUCCGGCAUUAUCAUUUGAGGAAAUAUCUCCAAAGAAUGACCGCAGAGCCAGAAGUGACAGAUCAAACAUUGCCGCAACCACUUUUACCUGUUUUGGAAACCUUCCUACCGAGAUCAGACUGUUGAUCUGGGGCAUGGCAUGUAAACAGCAGCGGAGAGUCGAUGUUGAGUUCGAUGUAAAGUUGAACCACUUUUACCAAUCUGGUCCCCCUCUCUUUAUGUCAAGCACACCUGCACCAGAUGUCCUGUACGCAUGCAAAGAAUCAAGAGAGGAGGCUUUGAAACAUUACUCUCUCUGCUUCCGACAGGAUAUUUACGAAAGCGAGAAAAGACAAGCAAAGAUAUGGUGCAAUUUUGAUACCGAUAUUAUACGAUUAACCCCCGAUGGAUGGGGCCGAAGGGUACACGAUGGCUUCUUAAGGCAACUCGCCACGACAAAUGGCAUUUCUCGUGCAUUCAAUAUCUGCAACUUCAGUAACUAUAACCCUGGCUGCUUGGUUCAAGACGAAACCUCGACAUUCAGCUGGACCAACAUUUUUGACGCUAUUGAUUCUCACAUUUAUCUGGGCUAUGAAUUACAGGACAUCGUUUUGUACUACGAUGCGGAGGACAAAUCAGAGCAAGCGGAUAGAUCAGAGUUCGUGGAGCUGGACUGGAGUGCAAUGGAUCCAGAGUCUCAAGCGACAAAGAUGCUACAGUGUGUGCAGAGAGAUUUAUUAAAGAAAAUGCCUAGCUACUGUCCGCCUUGGGAGCAUCGCUCGUUUACACACACAGACGAUGACUCCGUGCCCAGGGGGAACGCAGUGUGGGAACUUCUCCAGUCAAAGGUCAAAUUGAUGCAGCUUAAAGUAAAUCAUUGA